ACCCUACGUCAUGAUGCCGCCGCAGCCCCAGGCGCCUCCGCCCAUGUGGGCCCCCUCGUCCCAGCCUUCGUCGCAGCAGCAGCCAGCCAGCGUUGACGAGGUCCGGACCCUGUGGAUCGGCGAUUUGCAGUACUGGAUGGAUGAAAACUAUCUCUACACCUGCUUUGCACCUACCGGCGAGGUUACAUCUGUCAAAGUGAUUCGAAAUAAGCAAACUAGUCAAUCAGAAGGCUACGGGUUUAUUGAAUUUAAUAGUCGUGCUUCAGCCGAGAGAAUCCUUCAAACAUAUAAUGGGGCUAUUAUGCCAAAUGGGGGACAGAGUUUCAGGUUGAAUUGGGCAAGUUUUAGUGCUGGUGAAAGGCGCCAUGAUGAUUCCCCUGAUUACACAAUAUUUGUUGGCGACUUGGCUGCAGAUGUUACUGAUUACUUGCUCCAAGAGACAUUUAGGGCUCGUUACAAUUCCGUGAAGGGUGCAAAAGUUGUUAUUGAUAGGCUAACUGGUCGGACCAAGGGGUAUGGCUUUGUUAGGUUUGCGGAUGAGAGUGAACAAGUGAGGGCUAUGACUGAGAUGCAGGGGGUUCUUUGCUCAACGAGACCCAUGAGAAUUGGGCCAGCCAGUAACAAAACCCCUGCUACUCAGCCGAAAGCAUCAUAUCAGAAUUCUCAAGGUCAAGGCACACAGAACGAGAAUGAUCCUAAUAAUACAACUAUUUUUGUGGGCAAUUUGGACGCCAAUGUUAGCGAUGAUCAUUUGAGACAAGUUUUUAGCCAGUAUGGAGAAUUAGUUCAUGUGAAGAUUCCAGCAGGCAAGCGAUGUGGUUUUGUCCAAUUCUCUGACAGGAACUGUGCUGAAGAGGCACUUCGGAUGCUAAAUGGGACACUACUGGGUGGACAAAAUGUUCGUCUGUCAUGGGGACGCAGUCCUUCAAACAAACAGGCUCAGGCAGAUCCAAACCAGUGGAAUGGCGGUGGUGGAUACUAUGGGUAUGCACAAGGUUAUGAAAACUAUGGUUAUGCUCCUGCUGGUCAGGAUCCUAACGUGUAUGGCAGUUAUCCGGGGUAUCCUGGUUACCAACCUCCUCAGCAACAGCAGCAAAUAGGAUACAGUUGAGAAGUCUAUCCUUUCCUAUUGUAAUCUUAUCAUACUUAUCAUCAUCAUCAUCGUCCUGCGUUUCGCCUUUUCCUUUUCCCUUUGUUUGCUUGAUCACAUUAAAUUUUAUGGGACCCGUCUUUUGUAUCCAUAAAUUGUUUGCGGAAUACUUGUUUACUUAAUCUUAUUAUGCAUUAUGCUAUUAUCGUGUUUGUGCUUUUUCAA